CAGCACAAGAACCCCAGAAAGAAAUCUUGAAACUCUGCCCCCACCUCCCUCAAUAAUGGCUAGUAUCUCAGCUACCAUGAUUAGUACCUCCUUCAUGCCAAGAAAACCAGCUGUGACAAGCCUUAAACCCAUCCCAAACGUUGGGGAAGCACUGUUUGGGCUUAAAUCAGCAAAUGGUGGCAAAGUCACUUGCAUGGCUUCAUACAAAGUGAAACUUAUCACACCUGACGGACCAAUAGAAUUUGAUUGCCCAGAUGAUGUGUACAUUCUUGAUCAAGCUGAGGAAGCAGGACAUGAUCUUCCUUAUUCGUGCAGGGCAGGUUCUUGCUCAUCUUGUGCUGGUAAAAUUGCUGGUGGAGCUGUUGAUCAAACUGAUGGCAACUUUCUUGAUGAUGACCAAUUAGAGGAGGGAUGGGUGCUAACUUGUGUUGCUUAUCCACAGUCUGAUGUUACUAUUGAGACUCACAAAGAGGCAGAACUCGUGGGCUAAAACUAUAUUUUGGAUGUCUCAUUGUUUUCUAUAAUUACCCCCUCGUCUCUCUUUAUUUGCUCUUCUUUUUUUUUUUUAAUUUUAAGAGUCAAAGAUUCAAACUUUGACCAAGAUGUAUUUUUUAAUAAAAAAAUUGACAAAAGAUUUGCAAUAUAUAGUUACUUCUUAUAUAGUUUGUGAAUAUGUAAUGUUCAAU